UAGUAGUCAGGAGGGGACCCACUCCACAUCUUGCCUCUCCUGAGUUCUCACUGGGAAAUGCUCCGGGCAUUGAUCUGAGACACCCAGCAAAGAUGCUUCUAGCCCUGAGACCACCCCAGCAGCGGCCGCGGAGGGGGCCGCUGAUCCAGCUUCUCAUCUCUCUGCUCCUAUGUGCGCUACUGCCCGGCCCUGUUUCUGGAGCUUCCUUCUUCGGAGAGAAUCACCUGGAGAUGCCCCUAGAUGAAGCCCUGAGUGAGAUUCACAUCAAGUUCCAGUUCUUCACCACCCAAUCAGAUGCCUUUCUCCUCCUGCUAGCUGGCCCAACGGACCACCUCCUAGUGGAACUGCGUUCUGGCAGCCUGCAGAUCCAACUAGUUCAGGGAAAUGAAGAGACCUUUCUGCAGUCCCCUGAAGAGAUGCCGCUCAAUGAUUUGGGGACCCAUGAUGUGGAGGUGAUGUUGACAAAUGGCCAGGUCUCCCUCACAGUUGAUGACCUCUUCAAUUCCUCUGCUACUGCUGCUGACGCUCCCCUUGAGGCCUCCUAUGGCGUUUUUGUGGGAGGGACCGGGAGCCUGCAGCUAUCCUACCUGGCUGGGGCCAGCCGCCCACUUCGAGGCUGCCUCCAGGAGGCCUCCCUCAAUGGCCUCGAUAUUCUGGCCCGGCUCACCGAAGGAGUGAGGGAUGGCUGUGCCACAGAGUUCUCAGCCAGUGAAGACGAGGCUCUGGGCUUCACAGGGCCCCGCGCUCUGGCCACCUUCCCUACCUGGAGCACGCGAGGUGAGGGCACUCUGGAGUUCACGCUGACCACACGGGUCAAGCGAGCACCACUGGCGUACCAGGCGGGGGGCCCACAGGGUGACUUCAUCUACCUGGAGAUCUUUGACGGACACUUGCGAGCCAUAGUGGAGAAGGGUCACGGGGCCGUCAUGCUGCACAACAGUGUCUCGGUAGCCGAUGGGCAGCCCCACGAGGUCAGCAUCCACGUGGAUGUGCACAUGCUAGAGAUCUCCGUGGACCAAUACCCCACUCGCACCUCCAACCGUGGUGUCCACAGCCCCUUGGAGCCCCAAGGAAGCCUGCUCCUUGGGGGUCUGGACGAAGAGGCCUCACGCCGUCUGAGGGAGCACAGGCUGGGCCUGGCAUCUGCAGUCACCAACGUGUCCCUGGUGGGCUGCCUGGAGGACUUGAUGGUCAAUGGGGAGAGACAAGGACUUCAGAGGGCACUGGUCACCCGAGACAUCACUGCGGGCUGCGGCAUCCCUGAGGACGAGUAUGAGGAUGAUGCCUAUGAGGUAUAUGAGCUGCCGUCCACCUUGGCACCCGAAGCCUGGCCAGGGCUGGAAAUGCCUGAACCCUGUACACUGGAGCCCGGCCUCCCACCUCUCUUUGCCAACUUCACCAAGUUGCUGACCCUGAGCCCCCUGGUAGUGGCCGAGGGGGGCACAGCCUGGCUUGAAUGGAGGCAUGUGCAGCCCACACUGGACCUGAGUGAGGCAGGCAUCCGUCAGUCCCAGGUACUGUUCGGUGUGACUCGUGAAGCCCAGCACGGAGAGCUGGAUUUCAGUAUUCCAGGAGCUCAGUCCCGGAAGAAGUUCACCCUCCUGGACGUGGUCAAUCGGAAGAUCCGUUUCAUCCAUGAUGGCUCUGAGUACCCUGAGGACCAGCUGGUCCUAGAGGUCACGGUGAUGACCCAGAGCACUGUGCCUCAGUGCCUACGCCAGGGCCAGACCUACAUACUAGCCAUCCAGGUAAAUCCCUUGAAUGACCCUCCCCGGGUGGUCUUCCCACAUGGGAGCCUCAUGGUGAUCCUUGAGCACACACAAAAGGCCCUCGGGCCUGAAAUUUUCCAAGCCUAUGACCCAGACACAGCCUGUGAGAGCCUCACCUUCCAGAUCAUUGGAACCCAGCACCUGGAAGGUGGCACAGUGGAACGUAAUGACCAUCCAGGUGAGCGAGUGGCUGAGUUCUCCUGCCAGGAGCUGGAAGCAGGCGGCUUGUCCUACAUCCACAGGGGCGGCCCUGCCCAGGACCUCUUGUUCCGGGUCACUGAUAGCAUGGACACCAGCCCCGUAGCUGUGCUGCGCGUGGUGGCCAUCCAGCCCACCAUCCAGAUCCAGAACAACACAGGACUCUUUGUGCCGCAGGGUUCCUCCAUGCCCAUCUCGACGGCCAACCUGUCGGCUGAGACAAAUGCAGUGAACCAGGAUGUGAGCAUCUUGUACCGGCUUACCGGGACCCUGCUCUAUGGGGAGAUUCAGAAGCAGGGGGCCAAUGGAGCUUCUGGGGGGGACUGGAGGUCCGUCAGCUCCUUCUAUCAGAGGGACAUCGAGCAGGGGCAGGUGCGCUACCUGAGCACCGAUCCCCAGCACCACACCCAAGACACCGCCGAGAAGGUGACGUUUGAGGUGCAGGUGGGACAGAAGACCCUGACCAAUAACACCUUCCUGGUCACCAUCAAGAAGGCCGCCAUCCGGAUGCUAAGGCUCGUGCCCCUGCUGACCCAUAACACCCGGCAGGAGGUGCUCACUACAGACCAGCUGGAGGCCACUCUGGACAAGGAAUCGGGCCCCAGCCCUGCUUCUUUCCACUAUGAGAUUGUCCAGGCCCCCCGGAAGGGCAACCUCCGGCUGCACAGCAUGAGACUGACAGAUAAACAAGGUUUCACUCAAGAAGACCUUCAGAAGGGCCACGUGACCUACCGAGCCACGGCCAGGGUCUCUGAGGAAGCUGAAGACUCGUUUCUCUUCCAUGUCACAGCCCCCCCGCAUUUCUCCCCACUCUACACCUACCCAAUCCGCAUCGGUGGUGAUCCCGAUGCCCCGGUCCUCACCAACGUCCUCCUCUCUGUGCCUGAGGGGGGCAGAGGCACCAUCUCCCAAGACCACCUGUUUGUCAGGAGCCUCAACAGUGCCAACUACCUAUAUGAGGUCAUCGAGAAACCACGCCACGGCACUCUGGUGUGGCAGGGGACAAGGCGGGGCUCUGGGUCGGAAUCCACGCCAGUGACGACAUUCAACAAUGAUGAUCUGCUCCUGGGCCGGCUGGUCUACCAGCAUGAUGAUUCAGAGACCACAGAAGAUGACAUCCCUUUUGUGGCCAUCCACCAAGGUGAAGGCAGUGGCGGCCUGGCCUGGGAGGAGGUGCGAGGUGUCUUCCGUGUGGCAAUCCAGCCAGUGAAUGACCACGCCCCAGUACAGACGGUCAGCCGUGUCUUCCAUGUGGCUCGCGGUGGGCGGCGGCUGCUGACCACAGAUGAUGUGGCCUUCACUGAUGCUGACUCGGGCUUCACCGAUGCCCAGCUGGUGCUUACCCGAAAGGAUCUGCUCUUCGGCAGCAUCGUGGCUGCCGAUGACCCCAGCCGGCCUGUCUACCGCUUUACCCAGGAAGAUCUGAGGAAGAAGAGGAUCCUGUUUGUCCACUCAGGGGCUGACCGAGGCUGGAUCCAGCUCCAGGUGUCAGAUGGCCAACACCAGUCCACAGCACUGCUUGAGGUCCAGGCCUCCGAACCUUACCUCCGGAUCACAAACAACUCCGGUCUGGUCGUCCCCCAGGGAGGCCGAGGAACUAUUGACACAUCCGUGCUAGGCCUUGACACCAAUGUGGACGUCCGCAGCAGCGAGGAGGUCCACUACCGCGUGACCACAGGCCCCCGCUGGGGGCAGCUGCUCCGAGCAGGCCAGCCCGCCACUGCUUUCUCCCAGAGAGAUCUCCUGGAAGGGGCUGUCCUCUAUCAGCACAAUGGCAACCGCAAUCCCCAAGACGCCCUGGGCUUCUCUGUGGAGGCUGGACAGGCGACUGCAGAGGACACACUGAAGGUGACUGUCUCCCUGGACAGACCGCUGGCCCCACUGCAGAUGGUGCACCAGGAGAAGAUCUACGUCUUCCAGGGACAGGCAGCUGAAGUCAAAAGGGAUUUCCUGGAGGUAGCCCAGGAAGAUGUACCUGCUGCAGAGAUUGUCUACAAGGUGACUGACCCUCCAAGAGCCGGCUACCUAGUGACCAUCUCUCAGGGAGCCUCAGCUAAUGAGCCGCCCAUCCUGGACCCUGUCCACAGCUUCACUCAGGAGAAUGUGAAUGAGGGCGAAGUCAUGUACUUCCACUCCCAGGCGGAGGGCUGGACUGACCACUUUGUCCUGGACGUGGCUUCCAGCGUGGGGGCCACAUUAGAAGGAGUCCGGGUGGAGCUGCAGGUGCUGCCUGUCACCAUCCCUCUGGAGACCCGGAACUUCAGUGUGCCUGAGGGUGGUGCCCAUUCCCUGGCCCCUCCAGUGCUUAGGAUUACUGGACCCUACUUCCCCACGCUGUCUGGCCUAGAGUUCUUGGUCCUGGAGCCACCCCAGCAUGGGAGCAUCAAGAGAGGAGAGACAGCCCAAGAUGGAAACCUCAGCACUUUCACAUGGAGAGAGGUGGAGCAGCAGCUGAUCCAUUAUGUACAUGAUGGCAGUGAGACCCUGGCCGACAGUUUCAUCCUGAUGGCCAAUGCCUCUGAGAUUGACCGACAAAGCGAGCCCGUGGCCUUUGGCAUCACUGUCCUGCCCCUCAAUGACCAAGUCCCAGCCGUCACCAUCAACACCGGUGUACAGAUGUGGGAAGGAGCCACAGCCCAGAUCACCCCUGAUAUCCUGAAAGGAGACGAUGCUGACUCCCCACCUGAAAAUCUGGUCUUCUCCAUCGAGCCACCAACCAACGGGAAGAUGGUGCUCAGGCUGUCCCCCAGGACGGAGGUCCAGCAGUUCACUCAGGCCCAGAUCAAUAACGGGCUUGUUCAGUUUGUCCAUGAAGGGUCCCUGGAUGGUGGAUUCCAAUUCAACCUCUCUGAUGGAGAUAACGUCUCCCCAGGACACUUCUUCUCUGUGAAGGCUCUAAAGUUGCGACAAAUCACUGUGGAAAGCAACCAAGCCCUGACCAUCUGUCCAGGAAUCUUCCAGAUCAUAACCAAUCGAAACCUGAAAGUGACCACCAAUGAAGAUACAGACUCUCAACACCUGUUUUACCUAGUGGAGCGAGGCCCUCGGCUGGGGCCGCUGGCCCACUCUCGGCUGGGGAGCAGUGGGGAUGCCCUGAGGAACUUCACACAGGCAGAGGUGGACGCGGGAGAGAUCCUUUAUGAACAUGAGAUGCCUUCGGAACCCUUCUGGCUGGCCCAGGACACUCUAGGCCUCCGGGUGUCCUCACCCCCUGCCCGAGAUGUCGCCAUCAGCCUUUCCAUUACCGUGUCCUUUGAGGUCUCCUGUUCCCAGCGUCCCAGUCACCUCUGGAAGAAUGAAGGUCUCUGGGUCCCAGAGGGUCAGAGGGCAGAGAUCACCCGGGCAUCCCUGGAUGCCGCCAACCUCCUGGCUAGCAUCCCAGCCUCGGAUCGGCCCUCCCACAACGUAGUCUUCCUAGUGACAGAAUUGCCAGCCCACGGGGAGCUGUGGGUGGGUAACAAACAGCUGAGCGGUGGCCGGCCUUACUUCCUGCAGUCUGACCUGGCCAGGGGGCAGCUGGCCUACAUCCACAGGGGCUCAGGGACCCAGAGAGAUGGCUUCCAUUUCCAAGCCUCCAUCCAGGCUGGGCAACAAGAUUCCACUCAUCCUGUCACGGCGCAGCCUGGACCUGUGAUCUCUGAGACCUUCCAAAUCACUGUGCGGGACGUCAACGAGAAACCACCCCAGCCCCAGGCUUCCAGACCUCUACAGAUCAUUCGGGGUACACAUGCUGCCCUCUCCCGGGCUCAACUAAGUGCCGUGGAUCCAGACUCUUCCCCUGAAGAGAUUGAGUACCGAGUGAGGAGGGCGCCCCACAAUGGCUACCUCCUGCUGACGGGCAGCCAGCCUUCCCCCGUGACUCGGUUCACCCAGGCUGAUGUGGAUGCCGGGAGGCUGAUCUUCACGGCCAACGGCAGCAGCACCCUGGGCAUCUUCCAGCUGAGCAUUUCCGAUGGGGCGAGUCCUCCUGUGGACACCUCCCUGUCUGUGGACGUCCUGCCAUCCUCCAUUGAGGUACGGACCCGGUCACUUCUAGAGAUCCCCCAGGGCUUGAACUGGGCCCCACUGACCCAGCAGCACCUUUUCGUGAUAUCUGACCAAGAAGAGCCAGAUGCCACCUAUUCCAUCACCCAUACGCCCCAACACGGGCACGUGCUGGUCAACAGGCAGCCCAAGACAAGCUUUAGCCAGAAGCAAGUGGAGCAAGGGGAAGUGGCCUUUUCCUUCACCAAUUUCACCUCAGCCUCGGAUCAGUUCCACCUCCUCUCCCUCGCCCGAGGCGCCAACGCAUCGGCGAUAGUGAACGUGACUGUCCGGGCGUUGGUGCGGGCACAGGCUGGUGAACCGUGGCCCCAGGGUACCACUCUUCGUCUGGACACGGGCAUCCUGGAUGCUGGGGAGCUGGCCAACCAGACGCAGAGCGUGCCCCAGUUCCGGAUCCUCCAGGGACCGAGGAGAGGCCAAAUAGUGCGCAUCUCCAAGGACAGGGACCAGGUGCCUCAGGCCCAGCCAGUGGAGCUGUUCACCCAGCAGGACCUCAAAGAGGGGUUGAUUGGGCUGGAGCUAAGCAAGCCAGAAGGUAGGGAGCCACCGAUGCUGCAUGAUGGCAUCACCUUUGAGCUCUCGGCCAGGGGCGUGCCCCCGGCUGUGGCUUCUCUUGACUACGUGUCAGAGCCUUACAAUGCAUCCCGGCCCUAUGGUGUGACUCUGCUCAUCGCUCCCGGCUCUUCUGAAACCAGCGGGGGCUCCCGUGAAGAGGACAGCUCCUCCCGGACGGUGACAGGGCCCAAGGGGCCUGAGAGACCCACCCCCAAUGUCAGGGAGGCAGGAGCGGCCCCCACCAGCGCGCACAGCCAGGCAACCCCAACCAGUGCCACCCCUGCAGAAGGGGGCACCUUCCUAGGCUUCAUCGAAGCCAACAUGUUCAGCAUUAUUAUCCCCAUUUGCCUUAUCCUGCUUCUGCUGGCCCUCAUCCUGCCCCUGCUCUUCUAUCUCCGCAAGCGCAACAAGACGGGGAAACACAACGUCCAGGGUCUGUCGGCCAAGCCUCGCAAUGGCAUGGCCAGCGAUGCCGAGACCUUCCGCAAGACCGACCCCAGCCAGACCAUCCCGCUGACCUCGGUGCCUGGCAAAGGGCCAGAGGCCAGGGGCCACCAGGACCCAGAGCUGCUGCAGUUCUGCCGGACACCCAACCCUGCCCUAAAGAAUGGCCAGUACUGGGUCUGAAUCCCUGUUCCACCGGGAACAGCUCUGACAGACAAUUCUCUUCCCUUUUUGGGGUCCUAGGGUCCCACUUCUACCUCCCACUUCCGUUUUCCUUCCUUCCUUCCAUUCUAGCCCUUCUCAUUCCUUCUCACUGGGUUUCUCGGGAUGACCAAGGUGGCCAACUCCAUCUCUGUCACAUCUGAUGAGAAAGAGAAACCCAGUACAUUGUGGGAGAAAGAUGAAAGGCCUAGGAGUGAAACAAAGACCCGAAAGGGUCAGGACUGAGGGUCAAGGAUCUUCCCCUUCCCCAUGCCACCAUGCCUAGAGAACUCAGAAGGUUUAGUAAUAAAAAGAGAAGGUGGGGGCAGGGAUGGAAAACUGAACUAAGGAAAUGAAGCUGGCCCUUCUGCCGGGGCCCCAGUUGGAACAGUUAGGAGGCAGGAUGGCCUUAUGGGGAGAGCAGUGGGAAGAGGGACUCUUCUCCCAUCUCCAGUUCCUGGCAUGACCUUGGGUAAGUCAUGUCCCCCUCUCAAGGGAAGGACAAAGAGAGAAGGUUCUCCCCUACUAGAGAGCCUUGGCUAGGGUGGAGAUUGGAUAGAUGGGGUCCUCACCUCAUGACACCCUCCCCCUACACCCCUCAAUACAAGCCCUCCCUUAAUCUGCAAUGGGGAAACACUUUCCCGAUGUGGCCCACUUUGGGCUUCCUGGGAAGGGGCUUCCCCUCAGGGCCCAAGAAUGGUGGCAGCCAGGAGCCAAGGUCUUCCCCCUCAUAGUGGGGCUGGUGGGGUCAGGGAGAGAGAGGAGAGAUGACUCGUCCUCUCCAGCAGGGGCCACCCAGUCAGUAAGAUAAUAUAUUCAGGGUUUGUGGGAGGGAAGGGAGUUGCCUGGGAGAGGGUAUCCACAUUUAUUUAAGGGAUAUUGCACAAAAAUCUAUUUAACAUAUUACUAAAGUGGACCUGGUUGGGAGCUUGCAAACAGCCUGGGGAAGCUGGCCUUCUGGACCAGCAGACACCAGGAUCCCAGCUCCAGGGUUCAGGUCUGGAAGCAACUGCCCCAGAACAUGAGAGCAGGGGCUCAGCUUGCCAGCUCUCUGGGGUCUCAGAGCAGCUGAGCCAGCCAGAUAACAGACCAGGUGCCUGGCACUGAGGUCCUGGGGAGACGCCAUCAGAAAGACCUCAUUCUGCAGGGCACCAAGGACCGAGCCCAUGGAGAAGCCAGGGACUCAAAGCCGCUGGCCAGCCUUGGCUGGGCUCCCACCCGCUUGUGUUCCGUGGGGGUGCAUAGGAAUUCUUCGGGGCCUCCAUAAAUGGUGCUUUGGUUGGUUCUCAACA